AUGGAACAGCCGCUGACGCUGGCGCCCGAGCCGGCCUCGGCGCGGAGCCGCAGGCGGCGGGAGCCCGAGUCUCCGCCGGCGCCGAUCCCUCUCUUUGGUGCUAAGACUAUUGCCCAGAGAAGUCCUGAUGAACCAGCACUGAGCAAAGCUGAAUUUGUUGAGAAAGUCCGUCAGAGUAACCAGGCCUGUCAUGAUGGAGACUUCCACACAGCUAUUGUUUUGUAUAAUGAAGCCCUGGCAGUUGACCCUCAGAACUGCAUUUUAUAUAGCAAUAGAUCUGCAGCCUACAUGAAAACCCAGCAGUACCACAAGGCAUUGGAUGAUGCAAUCAAAGCCCGACUCCUCAAUCCCAAGUGGCCAAAGGUAGCAGUUUUAUUUACUUUCACAGAAUUGUCUGUUUUGAUAUUGUAGGAUAACAUUUCAUUGAUUCAGUACAGAUACUCAUUCAUAUAAUCAGUACUUCAGCAAAAUCUACAGUGACCCAAAGCCAGCAACCACCUUUCUUGAGCGGUUUUGUAAGUUUGCUUUCUGUCCACGUUUAAUUCUUCCCCUGCUUGUGUUAGAUUUUGGUGUAUCUUAUUGAUGAGUUACAGGAUCUAUUCAGGUUUUAGACAUCUUUUUUCAUACAAGUGUUUAGAUGUUGUAUAGCGACUGUAUUUAUCUCCUUCAAUUUAAAAUGAACUUAGUCAGAUGGUGGUGCACACCUUUAACCGCAGCACU